AUGGCAGCCGUCAAGGACGGUAGUGGCGGAGUGCACAUCGAGGCAUCAGACACCGGGCUCGAACACCUCAAGGAUGUCGGCCUGCGUGAUGCCACACUCGCCAGUGGCGCUCUCGAAGGUACAGCUCAGGAACACAGCAUGGGGGUCUUUCAAGCUCUGAAAACAUACAAGCGCGCGGCGUUCUGGUCGAUCCUCAUCUCUACGACCGUCGUCAUGGAAGGUUACGACGUGACGUUGAUAGGUUCGUUCUUCGGGUAUCCAACCUUCCGCCGAAAGUACGGGGCGUACCUCAACGAAGAAAGCGGUUACCAGAUCUCGGCGACGUGGCAGCAGCGCUUCAACUGUCUCGGGGCACUGGCCAACAUCAUCGGGGCUUUGUUCAACGGAUGGGCCACGGCCCGAUGGGGACACCGUAGGGUGCUGAUGUUCAGCCUCUUCUGGCUGACCGGGUUCAUCUUCAUUGUCUUCUUCGCGCCCACGAUCGAAGUCAUGCUUUUGGGUUCUUUCUUCUGCGGCAUACCUUGGGGGGUGUUCGCGACAACGGGACCCUCGUACGCGGCCGAGGUCACACCGCUGGCCAUUCGAGGCUAUUUGACUGCCUACGUCAACCUUUGUUGGUGUAUAGGGCAGUUCAUCUCCGCAGGGGUGCUCAAAGGUCUCGUGAACAACGACACACCGUGGAGUUAUCGCGUUCCUUUUGCUGUACAAUGGAUCUGGCCCGUCCCCCUCUUCAUCGCAGCGUACCUCGCGCCGGAAUCUCCCUGGUACUUUGUACGAACGGACCGGAUCGAGGCCGCGCGCAAAUCUCUCGAGAGACUCACGGAACCCGAACACCACGGCGACAUCGACCCGACCCUCGCCAUGAUGGUGCACACGAACAAACUCGAGAUGCAAGAGCGGGCGGGCGUGACGCUCUGGGACGCGUUCCGGGGCACGAACCGCCGCCGCACCGAGAUAGCGUGCAUGGGCUUCCUCUCGCAGAUCACGAACGGCGGAGCGCUGUGCUACUCCGGGUCCUUCUUCUUCCAGCAGACCGGCAUCAGCGCGAGCGCCGCCUACGCCAUCUCCCUGGGCGGCACCGGCAUCGCCUUCGUCGGCACCGUCAUCUCGUGGCUGUACAUCUACCGCUGGGGCCGCCGGACCAUCUGGCUGGUCGGCUUCAGCUUCCUCGUCGUCAUCCUGUGGACCAUCGGCUUCCUCGCCCUGCCGCACCACCAGACGAAGUCCCUGGCCUGGGCACAGUCGCUCCUGUGCAUCGUCUGGCUGGGCGCCUACUCCAUGAGCGUCGGCCCCAUCAUCUACACGCUCGUGUCCGAGAUCGGGUCGACCCGCCUCCGCACCCAGACCGUAGUGCUGGCCCGGAGCACCUACUACGUCGGCAACAUCAUAUGCGGAGGUCUUCUCCAGCCCAAGUUGAUUUCUCCCGGUGCGUGGAACGCAAAGGGAAAGACCGCUUUCUUCUGGGCAGGCCUCGCGACCUUGACUUUGGUCUGGGGUUAUUUCCGCCUGUUCGAAACAAAGGACAGAACAUUUGGCGAACUGGAUUUCAUGUUUCAAAAUGACGUCCCGGCUCGCAAAUCGGCCAAGUAUCAGAUUCGGGAAGAGGAACUGUACACCGCAGAUGGCGAUGGAGAUGUGCAGAAGAAGCCCUCCUGA